GUAGUGUCCCAUCACUAGCUGCUGGCCUUUUCUUUGGGAGCUUAGCUGGACUGGGUGCCUAUCAGCUCUCACAGAAUCCAAGUAAUGUUUGGAUUUCUCUGAUUACAUCUGGAACACUGACUGCUGUCAUGGGAACAAGAUUUUACAACUCUGGCAAAUUCAUGCCUGCAGGACUGAUUGCUGGUGUCAGUUUGCUGAUGGUUGGAAGAUUAGCACUGAAGAUGAUGGAGAAGCCCCAUGAUAAGUAA